CAUGUGAAUCGGUCGCACUUUCCGUGUCAGUUGCCGUGCUGCCGUAGUACGUCGCCGCGCCGUAGUGUCGUCGUCGUCAACGUCGUCGCCUUGAUCGCCGCCGUCUUGUGCGCCUUCCUUCUGUGCUGUUGUAUCCGCCUUCUGGUGCUACCACCACCGACCGUUUCGAGUCUCUUGGUCAUAGAGCACAUCAUUAUUCGCGUGUGUACGCAGCGUGCACUCCUGUUCUCAGUGAUCCAAUUUUUUAUGUUGGUUUUGAUUCACGGAAAGAAAAUCGCGGUGGAUAGCUAGAAGAGCGAUUUUUUUUUUGUGACGCGGGGUUCCGAUUCCGGUGGAUCCGUGUGGUCCGGUUGGUCGGGUCUUCGGGGACUCCAAACUCCAAGCGUGAGGAACCAGUUAACGUGUUUGUUUGACACCUUGGCGUUAAGUGCAUAGUGGUCUAACUGGUCUCCGUUGUGGAGGGUUAUUACGUGGAAAAAAGGUUCCGCUCGAGUCUCUAGCGGAAAGUUGGCUGGUCGGUUGGGUCGCUAGAUAUAGGUAGAACCCACCGAGACCCACCGCCGAAUAGUGUGGAAGCACAUAAGGAUGCGAAAAAUAUUUUAAAACUUGUUCUCGACGUUGCGACUGCUGUUGCCAAACAGUGUCUAAGAGCCUCAAAUAAGUGGUGCGGUAUAGCGUAAGGUCUCGACGGAAAACAAGUCGCAGCGACCGUUCAGAACAACUUUUUGUGUUUUUUUUUCUUGGUGUCGUAGAUUCUUGCUGCCAUCGACUUCCAUUGUAGCAAGAGAAGGGAAGUGGAAGUGCUUGUUCCGUGCGGAAGGAAAGAUUAUGUGGCUACACAGAUCGUCAGCGACAAUCCGAGUCGAGGCAGCAAUAUCUCAGGGAUUGUUGUUAUUGUUGUCGUCGUUGUUGUUUGGUAAUGUGCAGCAAGAACAAACGACCGAAUGCAACUUACUUACGGUUCGCUCAAAGACAGUAGCAGCAGCAGGAAUGUACCGCUGCCUCUACUACCGUAGUGGAAUUUGCUGAAGAGGCAGGAAACAUGAGAAACGGUGCGCUACAUCGACUUCUACCUCAACAACAACACCGCUAAAGCAAAAUCGCGAGGAAGACUAAAAGUGAACCUCCACAGAACAAAAGGUAUUUUUAAUUGUCGUCUUCUCACGUGUGUACGAGCUCGGGCGUAAUAAAUAAUCGAAUGAUGUUGGGAAGAAUGAUAAGUGUGUGUUGCAGUUAUGGAAACUCCAAACAGGUUAUUAUGAAGUACGGAUAAAUUCCACCAUCUGGUGUAAGCGCAAGAGCUUGAGAACAGGCAAAUUCGGCCCCAGGGAAAAAGAACGGCUGAUAAGAUUCCCAUGGUUCGAAAAUCUGGGAAGAAAACGAAGUCGAAACCAAUUUUACAACAUCAUUAUCAGCAGCAAGUGGAUUGUGGUUUCUGGCGUCGAUAAGGGAGCGCCUCUUAGUGUAUUUCUCGGUCGUACAUUGGCGAUCCUGCCAGCAUUGGUGUGUAGAACACCGAAGAAUUUACUGUGCCGACAUCAAUCAUCCGUGUCAUCGAAAGUGUGCGCGCCCGCCGUAUUCGCCGAUUCACGCUCUAGCCAAUAAUGCAUUUUCGCUGCUCGAUUGCUCACACACUAACACACACGGGUGGGGAGCGUGAUUCGUGAAAAUAAUAGCAACAACAACCAAAUCGACAACAAAACCACCAACAAAAAGUGGAAUGUGCAUUAACCAAAAAAAGGAAAAAAAGAGCCGCUCGAUCGAAAGCAAAGCGAAGCCGCAACGAUAACAACAACAUCAACAACCGAAAAGUGUGUUAAGUGAUUUGAAAACCGAUAAAUGGAAGAAAAAAAUUUUGGUAUAGCUCUGGUGUAUAGCGUGGAAAACAAAGAGAGCAACAACAAAUCUCGUUCGAAGAAGAAAUAAGUGCAUUUGCGUGAAAGCCCGAGUCGAAGCAAGCGAGAAAGCAAGGCUUUCAAAGGAUCCGAUCUACCUCAUUCCGUGCGCAAAGCACCGUAAUACAUGUGCCCCAUUCGGUGGAUUGGUGAGGCUUUUCGAAGCAAGGGAGAAUGAAAAAUAAACCAGUGUCUGAGAAAUAACAAAAAGGUGAAAAAAGGAGUGAUAACCAGUUCAAAAGAAAAUUUGUGGAAUAUUACCGUACUAAAAAGAGAGAAAAGAAAAACCCCAAAAUCAUUCAAACAACCAUCAAUUCGAGUGUGUGAAAGUGUUCAGUAGCGCAUCCUGUCUCUAGAUCAAAGUGAAAAAUUUUCAUCUCUCCCGUCAGAAGAAAUCGAAUCGAAUUAUUGUUAUUGUUGGUGAUAAUCAGUGUUUUGUUUGUGUUUUCUCCGAGUAAAAAUUAUUGUUUGAUCCUCAAGGAACAUCGAGCGCAAGUGUUCGUUGUUUCUCCUCUAUUGCCUGAAGGCAACACAUUUCUCCGGCUGGAUAGUUUAUCGGAAAAGUGCCUCAAAAUUUGGGAUUUCUCGUUAGAAUUGGUGGCUGGCGUAUCAGCGACCACGGAGCGAUUAACAGCUCCCCCGGUGCCUCCCCAGGGCCACUCGCCCCUCCAACUGCUCGAUGAGCCUCACAUGUCCAUUGCGGCUGCAGCUGAAAAUGCAGGGCUUGGUCCAUGUGAACUGCCUGACCAGUGGCUCGUCCAUGCACAGCUUUCGCAAUCAUCCCAACAGCAGUCAACCAACACCUCCGGCAUCAUCAGCAGUCAACCGAACCUUGGAUCAGCAGCAUCGUCAUUGGGUGGACUGUCAACACUGCCUCUACAAUCACAGCCACAUUCCGCCCCAUCAGCAUCACAACAACAACUGCAGCCAAAAAUAAUGAACGCGGUAGUUCCGGCUGUGUCGGUUCCGGCAGCCUCCAAGAAAAUUCGAAGAAAACCUGAUUCAAAACCCCAGUCGCAGAUCAACAAAUGUAACAACGAGAAACGGCGCCGGGAGCUGGAGAAUGAGUACAUCGAACAGCUCGGCGAGUUUCUCCAGAUCAACAAGCGGGAUAUGACCGCAUGCAAACCGGACAAGGCAGCGAUACUCAGUGAAGUGGUGCGAACGUUCCGCCGUUUGUUAGAGCAAGGAAACCGGGACCUGACCGGGUCCAAUCGUUGCUCCAAGUGUUCGCCCGAUUGCAGCGAUUCCUGCAAGCUGCACCCGGUUCAGCAGGGGGAAGUGUCCUCGACCGAACCGCCCCUGCCGGAACCAUCCGUGAACGGUCACUCGCCGGAAAAGUCGGCCUACUUCGAGGCGGUCCAGCACUACAUCUCCAACGUGGGCUGGGCCCUGCUCGAGAUCAACUCGGAGGGCGUCAUCGAAUGUGCCACCGAGAACGUCCUGGACGUGCUGCACUACUCCCGCACGGAGCUCCACGGCCAAUCCAUCUACUCGUACCUGCACACUGGUGAUCACUCGAAGCUGAGCCCAAUCCUAAACAAGAACUCGUUUGAGCUAAAUUGGGAUCAAGAUGAGAUGUUCUAUCAGUCACCGAAGCGAACGAUCCGAACAAAGAUCCGUUGGCUGUUGAAGGCGCCGGACAGCGCUAACGAUACGAUCGAACAGAAGCAACAACGCCAGGAGAAGUACAAGGAUCUGCUCAUCAUUUCUGCCCCGGUCAAGGAUGAUACGGCCGAUUCCGAGUCCUCGUCGGUGCUCUGUCUGAUCACACUCCCGGAGGACGACCAGCAUCAGCUGACGCCGCACCCGAUCAACCAAAUCGACAGCAGCCUCACCAUGCCCCAGACGCUGGACGAACAGCUGACGCUCAAGCUGGACAUGAGUGGCGCAGUUAUUGAUUUUGACGCAGCAACGCUGAGAAAGCAGUUUGCAGGAUAUCUAACCAAAGAGACUGUAAGGUCAAUCCACGAUCUCUGCCACUUCCAGGAUCGAGCUCGCGUCAACGAGUACCUCAACAAUGUGAAAAAUGCUAACGGAGGCGCCCAGGUGUCUACGUAUCGGUUGCGUCUCGGUGGUCCGGAUGUGUAUGUGCACGUCAAGGCUCAGACGAGAUUAUUUCGUAACAACAAACCAAAUGAGCCGGACUUUAUCAUGGCGAUCCACACGAUUCUGAACGACAACGAGGUGGCGAUGAUGGAGAGUUCAUCCUCUUCCGGGGGGAACAACCCGUCGUCAUCUUCGUCGUCCAGUAUGACCAUGCCCAGCACCAGCAGUGGAGUAGUAGUUGGUCCUAGUAAUAGUAGUAAUAGUAGCUCAACUCGCCAAAUGCAACAGAUCACUCAGGGGGUCAGUAAUAUGGGCGGUCCACUGAUGUCCAGCAUAUUGAACGGAAGUGGGAACGGGUCGGGUCCUCUGGGAAUCCUGGGGCCAGUUGUGUCACCGAGAAGUAAUACCAAUUCGGCGAUCAUAUGUCCGCAACCUUCGGACAGUUCGCAGUUUUUCAACUCGGACUUUGAGUUCGAGUUUCCACAUUCCACAUUCGAUAUGGAGCCGGGUGGAGUCGGUUGGGACUCGAGGCCAGAUUCUCGAACCAGUGUUACACCGGUCAGCACUCCCAGGCCUCCAUCGGUAACCGCCUAUAGUCCUGCAGCGGCACCCAUGUGUCCUUCUCCGCUUACUCCUUAUCAUGCUGGUAGUGCCGGGCAACCUUCUCCUUCAAAUAAUAGCAGUAAUCAGCAGAUCAGUAACAAUAAUAACAACAACAGUAUGACGAAUAACAACGCUGGACCUUUCGGGAACAACUUCCAGUUCCCGUUCGACGAUAAGGAAAAGAUUCAGGAACAAAUACAUCAACAGCAGCAACAACAACAGCAGCAGCAACAACAGCAAGAAAUGCAAACCCAGCACUCGGAACGAUUACGAAAUCUACUGACAACCAAACGACCUCACUCAAAUGCCUCAUCUUCGUCUGGUUUGGAUCUCGAUCAUGACCAUCGGAACCCGAACCGAAUUUUGAAGCUUCUUAAUGAUAAAAGUGAUGACGAUGAUUCGGACUCACGGAACAGAUCGAGUGAGCUGUUAAGGCAACUACAGAAAGUUAAGGAAGAACCAAAGGAGCAUCCGGCGCCACUCAACAACGAAGAGCUGAUGCAGAUGCUCCGGUUUCAGGGUAACGAUCGGAAACGACCCUCGAACGAACCGGACGAAGGAUCUGCAGCGAAGCGACCCGAUGACAAACCGUCCAAACUUCGGGAAAGGAACAAAAUGUUAGCCUCACUGUUGGCCAAUCCGGCCAAAGCCCCUACCCCGAUGCUACCCGGUCAUCUACCAUUGAAUCGAAUCAUCCCCGAUAUCCCAAUUUCUAACGUGACCCGGCAGAUGGCCAGCGUCACCAGUUCUACACCUCCAAACCAAACCAUCAACAACAACAACCUUACAACCAGUAACAACAAUCUGAAGCAAGUACAACAGAUGAACCAUCAGCUGCGGAUGCAACAACAGCAACAGCAGCAGAUGCGCAAAUCAGCUAUGCCUUCACAAUCACAACAGCCACCUACUUCAUCCGAUAUCUACCUCAACCACCAGCAGCAACAGCAACACGCCAUGCUUCAACAGCAGAUGGCCGUCGCUGCGGCCCAACAGCGGCAACAGCACAGUUUUUCUCCGGCGAUCCAGGACUCAGGCAUCGGAUCGGUCGGCAGUGGCCAGCAGUUUGCGACGCCCUCCACCACCAGUCAAGCAACGCCCGAGUGGGACCCCGAGCUGAAUGAAAUACUUAACCAUGUGAUCGACAUCGCCCCGGAGGGAAACUUCGGCGACAGCGAACUCAAUAGCCUUCUAGGAAUAAGUUCCAUCGAGUCAUCCGCAUCUGCCACCCCAUCACAGUCAAGUCAACAGGACAUCCAGGAAAAGUUAGCCAUCAAUGCUAUUCAAAAAUCGUUGAUGCAAAUCGAAAACGUAACCUCACCGCUCCAGUACAGCGGAAGUCCACCGGCCUACCCGAUGCAUGGAAUGGCCAGUGCCGGUGGAUCCCCUGCCGGGCAAAUGUCCCAGCAGAACCCCGGAACUCCAACGACACCGAACCCCAACUUCACCCCACCACCGGUUUACACUCCGCGAAUGCGACUGCCUGGCCCUCCAGGUGGUCCCGGUUCAGGAGUAGGUCCACUCGGGAAUGGAGCUCCCGGUGGACCGAAUGUGCUGGCCAUCCAAAAACUGCAGAGCCAACAGGCCCAGCGGGAACGCUUGCUGCAGGAACAGCAACGGCAGCGAUUGCUGCAGCAACAGAAGCAGCAGCAGAUGGUCGUCCCCGUCAACGCCACGGCUAACGCCGAUCUGAACCUUGGCCUCUCUCCCGGUAUGCAGAACAUCGAGUCGCUCCUGAACAAUACGGUGGCGCCGAACGUUUCCCUAACGCGAGCGAACAGCGUCGUUUCCGAUGCGCAGCUGAGCCCAGGCUUUGCCGCUGCGAGUCAACUGAUGCAGCAACAGCUCAGUCCGAACCAGAGAACUCAGCUUAGUCCGCAGCAAGCAGGUUUUCAGGGAAAUCCCUUCAACAACAACGCCGGCCAUCGAAUGUCACCUCAACAGCAGCAGCAACAACUUCUUGCCGGAUUCCCUCAGGGUAACCCCGGUAGUCAACAGCUUUCUCCUAGACAGCCUCCCUUCCCGGGAGGCAGCCAACAGGUUCCCCAACCCAACCUUCAACAACAGCAACAGCAGUGGCAGCAAAGUCAGAACGCCCGCCUCUCGAUACAACAGCAAAAUCCCAUGCUCAAUGCCCAACUAUCGACGGUUCCCGGAUUCAGCCCGGCUGCGGCUGCUGCUGUCAACCGACAAUUCGUGGCCCCGCAGCGACAGCGCUCGAUCAACUCCCCGGGAACGCCCCGACAGGGAUCCUUCGGGGGUGGCCCCAUGGACGGGGGAGGUUUUCCGGGUCCACCUAGCCCCUCGCAAGCUGCCAACGCAGGUCCCGCAUCGAACUUUGGCAACCCGGUCUUUGCAGCCCAGCAGCAACAGAUGAGGCUCCAGAGACAAGGCAGUGUACCGCCUCAGGCUACCCAGCAUCUACCAGGAUCGCCCCGUUCCUCUUACGGUGGUCCAGAUGGCAGUGGUGGCUAUGGGAUGACCAUGUUCAACAAUGUCGCAAUGCAGCAACAACAGCAACAGCAACAACAACAGUCACAACAACAACAAGGCUCACCAGGCGAUUUCUUCAAUCGCAGUCAAACUGGUGGUCUCAACGGCACCAAUAACACCGGUGGUCAAUCCGGUAACGGACCAGGUGGUGGUGUUAGUGGUGGAGGAGGAGUUGGUGGUGGUAGUCUAAUGAGUAGUGGUGGUAGUGGAGGGCUGCAUUCGUCAGAAAUGGUUCGACAAGAGCUGAGGGCCGUGGUCAGUGGCAGAGCCCAGAAUGCGGCCAGUGGCGGUGUUGGCGGAUCGGGUGGCCUGCGAACACCGCAGAGUCCGAUCGGUAUGUCACCCGGUACUGCUGGUGGUGUUGCAAAUGGUGGUUCUGGAGGAAUGCUCAUGGGCCCGGGAAGCAACGCCUCGCUUCUAAGCCCGGGAAUGGGCGGUGGCGGCGGUGGAGGCCCACAGGGUAUCACAGGGAAUCUAGUUAGUAGUGGAAUCGGUGGUGGCGGAAGUGGUCCGGGAGGUGGUGGUGGUGCUGGAGGAAAUCCAAGGGACGUCAUGCAGCCAUCACAUCAGCUAGCAGGUACGUCAUCGUUACUCAACACCCCACCAGACAUGGAUUCGUCAAUGCUAUUCAAUUUUCACCUCGCGCCGAAAGAAAUUGGCGCCACUACCUUAGAUAGUAAAUUACCUUCCGUAGCUUCCUCUACUUGUUCAUCUUCUUCUGCCGCUGCCGCUACUACUAGUACUAGUACUGCUGCUGCUGCUUCUAGUAGUAGCAAUUGGUCAUCGGGAGCGGGAAUCGACGAUAAUGUCAACCCUCUCAAAAGGAGUUCUUCGGAGGCAAUACGAGUCGGUGACCCGAGAAAUUCGUCGCUCCUGCUGCAAAAACUUUUGUCGGACUAAAGUAGUGUGCUUUCCAGGCUGUUCUACUAUUUAUUAGUUUCUGUUUUUUUUAAGUUUCCUCUGCAUUAUCCGAGUUAUGUUUUCCUUUCUUACCCCGCAACCAAGUUCAAAGCAUUCUUGUUGGUACUUUUCAAGUCCGUCUUUUCCCGUUCUGUUCUAUUUUAAUUCGUAAUUGUUUAACCGUGUUUAUCAUUUUUUUUCUGUUUUAUUUUUGUUUUUUCAAAAAGAUUCCUUCCACUAUUUGUGUAAAUUGUUUUCAUUAAAUACACAAAGAUGUGUGUAUACAGCAUUACACUAUUGUUUUUUUUUAAUUUUAUUCCGGGCGAAGGAAUCAAAUUUUGUAAAACUAUGUCAGAUGUGAUGUUUAUAAAAAAAAAUCAAUAAAAAGAAAAAAAAUAAAUAAAUAAAUGGCAUACAAAGCAUGUAAAGGAGAACUAUUCAAGUGUUACGUUGUACAUAGUUAGUUACUGUAAAGUGUACAUUGAGUAUAUAAAUAAAACAAACAGAUAAAGAAAAAGUAAACUAUAUAUACAGAGGAAAAAGUUGAUAUAGGUUUAGGUCAGAAAGUAAAGUAAAACAACAACAAAGGUUAAAUUAAUAAAACUGAAAAUAAAACAAAGUAAGGCAAAUAGAAAUACCUCUAACAUUAGUUCAAACUGAUGAAAAGAUAAAGUAGAGAGAGAAAAACAUCGCUAGAACCGUUUAACUUUGUACAUCUUAAACAACCAAAAUGGGAAGGAAACGAGCACGAUCGAUUUACAUUGAGAAACAAUGAAAAUGAAAAAUUGGAAAAUAACAUCAAGCGAGACGAAAAAAUCUCAAACCCGAAAACAUUCGAUGGCGAUCAAGGCGCUUGAAAGCAAACGAAUGAAAUAACGAUGAAAAUUCAAAACACCCACGAAUCAAUGGUUUCGCAUUUAUGAAUCAAGUGAAAUUAAAACAAAAUGAAUAACGUUGUUAUAGGGCAUACACAAAUAAGCAAAACCAAAUCACAAAAAGUUGAUUGAAGAACAAAACAAAAAAAAAACUAACGAACUUUGAGACUCUCAGAGAAACCUUGAAUAUUAAAAAGAAAUGAAAAAAAAUGUUAAAAAAAAUAUGAAAAAAAACUGAACCGUUAAAUUUACGUCUACUGCUAGGAAAACUUCAGUGGCAGAAACUAAAGCACCAUUUCUAUUAAUCAUUUGGAGGAUCAUAAAUCACGCUAGGAGAAAAUUUGACAAAAAUCAACACAUUUUCAUCGUUCAACCCCUCGCUACCGUAAGCCUGUGUUUAUUUGUUCUCUGUGCUGAUUCGAAAAAAAAAAAAUGUCAAACAAAAUCUGUAGAGAAAUAAUCUAAAAUGUCCCUCGUGUUUUGCGUGUUCUGUUAGAGGCAUAAAAUUUAGAGAAAAGCCCAUUUCAGUCCUUUUGAUUGGGCGUUUGUGUCAAACUUGUAGGAAUGAGAAUGCUAGUUUUCGAAAGCUUUCAGGGAGCAGAUGAAUAGAGAGGAACCAAAAACAUCAUCAGCCGGUCGAAACCCGAAAAGUGUAAUCGCGUGCUGUGAUAAUUAUUUUCUUUUUGGGAGAUCGCGACCACUUUUCGGGGACUUUCGAGCUUUCCUCCAGGGGAGACAGAAAUUUUUCGUUUUGAUUCCUUGAAUUGCGCUGAUCUAGAUACAGAACUUACACCUUUUGAUCGGUUUGGUUGAGACAUACACAAAGCUUUCGGCGAAAAAGUGGAAACUGUGAAACAGAACCUAGGACCAAGUCCACAAGUUAGGCGAAAAAUCGGAAACCGGGAGCGAAAGAAAGGAGUGGAUAACAAAGUUUAGAAGCUAGUAUAAAAAGAGAAAACGGUUAGUUAGAAAGAUGAACUACGUAGGUACCUCUUGUCCACACUGAAAAUAAAAUGAAAAUCAAACAAAACAUGAUACACAUUUAUACGCUCAUCUAAACACACCUAAUGAAUUAAAAAAAAUCACAUACUCUGGAAUUUGACCCAAUAUUCAAUUUGCAAAUCUUUUGACAAGAAAGAACCAUCAGUUUGGGCAUUGGAAAAGCGCAAAAAUAAGCUUUGUUAGCCUUCAAAUUCAGAAUUUUCCUUUAAACAGAAAAUAAUGCUUCUUUAAAGCUUUGUUAAGGUGAACCAAACUAGCACGGAUGUAAAUAUUCACUGUCCAACAGUUCAAAAAUGUCGAAAAAUAGUUUUUUUCCAAUCAAUGCUUGAACAAUAUUAAACUUGAGUUCCCUUUCGCAAGAGCCGCUUCUGUUUGUUGUUAAAAAUAAUACCCCAGAAUAGACAGGAAGAAUAAUCACAGAGUUGUAUGAAUUAUUUAUAAAUUUUUAUAUGCUGCUGUUUUGGUUCAACUGAAAAUGAAAAAUAAACCGAAAAAAGGUCAGUGAGAGGUUAGGGAAUGAACUUUUAAACAGAACCAGACACCCAAGACGACAACUGGGAAAGCUGCUUUCCGCUACUCCGACCCCAAUAUUUUCUAUAAUCUUAUAACUAUUACACUUAUACAUACGAUACGAUACAUAUUAAUUUAAUUUUAAUAUUAUUAUUUUAUUGCUAUUAUUAUUAUUAUAUUAUUAUUAUUAUUCUUAUUACUAUUAUUAUAUUAUACAUUUACAUGUUGAGGUUAGUUUUAUUUUGUGUUUUAUGCAAAGAGAUGAGAGUAAAAAAAAGAUGGCGAAACAUCUUAUUGUUAUAACAUUAAUGAUAAAGUUUGUUUUAUUUCGUUAGAAUAAAGCUCUUGAGUUCUGAUGCGUUAUUUAA